UGAGGAGAGAGAGCUGAGCGGCGAAGUGAGCGUGUGGGAGUCUGUCUGUAUGCAUGUGUUGAGUGUUAGGACCGGGCUAUUUUGGAGUCGGCAGCCUGGUACCGUAUACAUCUAUUUGAAAGGGGGCACAUCUAUGGUGCGCAGCAAUGGGUUGUACGGAUAUUGGCCAGAGUACCUCCAGUUCCUCUGGAGGUGGGAUCGAAUGUCGGGAGAUGGGCCAAUGGUGACCGCCAUUUUGGAUUACAGCCAUUGCAACGAGGAGGCAAGGCUGAAGAUAAAUGUAGAAGGGCGAAAAGAGGAGGAGAUGAGAGCUGACCAGGGGUUACAGGCGGCCAUCACGGAAGCCAAGGAUCGGGCCAAGAGGAGGUGCAGGAGGGACGGGGGCACGGAUGAAGUGAAAGUGACCGUCUCGUACCUGGAAUCAGAGACUUCAACGGGUACUGAGCAGGAGCAUUUGGACCGCGACACGGAGGCCGAGAGUGAAGCGAGCGAUUUGGGCGCAGAGACCCAAUCCUGGCAUGGGCUGGACCACGGAGACAAUAUGGCCGAGGUAUUCGACGCUCGAAGUGGCAAACGUACAUUUGUUGAGCUUGGCGUMGAAUUUUUGCUCUCGGAGGAUCGCGAGGACCUGGCGGAGGUGCUGAAGGUGGGACUCGAAGGUGGGGCUGAAGACAAGGAUAUCAUCAUGGUAGACAACGACACAGACUUCGAGGAGGUUGCGGAAGAUGUGGUUCAUGGUGGAUCGGAAGGUAGCGGGGGCAUUGGUGAGUCCGAAUGGCAUCACGAGGAAAUCGUAGUGCCCGAACCGAGAGCGGAAGGCGGUCUUGUGAGUGUCCUCCUCGCGGAUACAGAUCUGGUGGAAGCCACUACGAAGGUCGAUCUUGGUAAAGUACUUGGCUCCACGGAGAUGAUCAAGGAACUCGGAAAUCCGAGGUUGGGGGUACUUGUUCUUGAUCGUGAUCCGGUUCAAGGCGCAGCGGACAAGCCGAUCGUGUCGGGCGUGGAUGCAUUUGGAGGAAGGGUGGAGGAGCAUGAGGCAGUGGGAGGUGUUUGCGAUGCCUGGGAAUCGUCYGGUGGAGGGGGCGUUGCCGGAGAGGGGGAAGGCAAACGAAUUGUUGAUGUCAGAUGGGCCAUCGGUGCGACUGGUGGGGAGGAUGACAGAUGCAAUGUUGAUGUCGGUGAUGGAGGUGGUGUCUUCGGGGGUGAUGUGGUGGAAAAAGCGGGUGCGGGAGGUGCCGGGGGGGGCCUGGUGGUGGGGGUGGAGGAGUCGAUCGUGGUGGAGCAUGCGAGAGUGGAGGUCAGCAAGGGGCAUGUUGGGUUCGUGGGCGAGGGCGGUUGCAAGGUCUUUGUGAUAUACUCGUUUGAUGCGGGAGAUGAACGCACAGUCGGGAAUGACGGUGUGGGGGAGGUGGUGUCGGAGGGAGCGGACGUAUUGGACGAAGCGGUCCGUGGGACCGGUCUGGCGGAGGUGGCAGAAUUGUUCAAGGUAGUCGUCAAUGGUUUUCUGGGGGCGGAAGGUGGCAGUGAGGAGGGUGGCCCAUUGGAGAAAGGUGGGGCGUGGUCCUCCGGAGGAUCGGCGGUUGCUAGCUUCAGCCAUCCACCAUUUGGCUGCAUUGCCGAGGAGGCGGGAGGUGGCAAUGGGGAGCYAGUGGGCAAGGGGCAUGUGGUGGAGCUGAAAAGAGUUCUGAAGCUGGGUUAGGAAGAGGAAAACGUCCUCGUGGGGGAGGCCGAAGAAGGACAUGAUUUCCCCAGAUCGGAAGGAACGGGGGAUUUCCCYG